AUGGGCUACGAGGGCAAUGGUUACAACUGUACAGAUAUCAAUGAAUGUCAAACAAAUCCUUGUAAUGUAAAGGCAAAUUGUACCGAUACUGGUGGUUCAUAUAAUUGUACUUGUAACAUGGGCUAUGAGGGCAAUGGCUACAACUGUACAGAUGUUAACGAAUGCACAGUUGGGACUCACAAUUGCCACAGUGAAGCAACGUGCAAUGAUACCACUGGGUCGUUCACUUGUACCUGCAAUGAAGGUUAUACAGGAGAUGGAACCACGUGUGAAGACAUAAACGAAUGUGUUGGAGCAUCGCGAAAGUGUUCAGGUGCAGGUCAAGAAUGUUUCAACUUUCCUGGAGCAUACCGUUGUAAUUGUAUUAGUCCAGGACAGCAAAUUAUUGAUGGAGAAUGUACUGAUAUUCAGGCAUCUGUCGAAGGUCAAUUUGUGAUUAUAAAUCGCGUCUUCAUCCCUGCCUAUAAUGAUACACAAAGUUUAGAAUACUUUCAAAUUACUCAAGUGUUAAUCAUUGAGCUUACGAAUCUCUACACGAGAACACCGAGGCUACGUUUUACCUUUCAGUCGAUCAUCAUUUUACGACUAUUCGAAGGAUCUGUUGGUUUUGAUUACGUUGCAACAUUCAAUGAUUCCGCUGGAAUAAACAAUGAAAAUAUUCAAGAAGAGUUAGUCGAGUCAAUGAAUGUAACGCAAAACGGCACAUUUCUUGGAGCAGAUUUCCAAAUCAGCAAGAGCACAAAUCUCACUGAAGUAAAAAGCCAAUUUAGUGUGAAAGAUUAUGACGAAUGUAAUCCACAAAAUAUUAUCCAUACUCCUGAUUGUGGUAACAACGCGUUAUGUAGGAACACAAACACAAGUUAUGAAUGUAUUUGUUUUUCUGGAUAUGAAAAAAAUAACACAGGCUGUAUUGAUGUCGAUGAAUGCGCACUUCGCAAUGACAGCUGUAACAAUCAAGCAUCGUGUAAAAACACCAAUGGGUCGUUCACUUGUACCUGCAAUGAAGGGUAUACAGGAAACGGAACUACGUGCGAAGAUGUUAACGAAUGCGUACUUGGGACUCAUAAUUGCGACAGUAAGGCAACGUGCAGUAAUACCACCGGUUCGUUCAUUUGUACCUGUAACGACGGUUAUACAGGAAAUGGUACUGCAUGCGAAGAUGUUGAUGAAUGCACACUUGGGAAUCACACCUGUCACAGUCAAGCAACGUGCAGUAAUACCAAUGGGUCGUUCACUUGUACCUGCAAUAAAGGUUUUACAGGAAAUGGAAUCAUGUGUGAAGACAUAAACGAAUGUGUUGGAGCAUCGCGAAAAUGUUCAGGUCAAGGUCAAGAAUGUGUCAACUUCCCUGGAGCAUACCGUUGCCAUUGUACCAGUCCACGACAGCAAAUUAUUGAUGGAGAAUGUACUGAUAUUCAGGCCUCUGUCGAAGGUCAAUUUGUGAUUAUAAAUCGCGUCUACAAACCCGCCUAUAAUGAUACACAAAGUUUAGAAUACUUUCUAUUUACUGAACUGUUACUCACUGAGCUUACGAACCUCUACACGAGAACAGCGAGGCUACGUUUCACCUUUCAGAAAUGCAUCAUUUUACGACUAUUCCCAGGAUCUGCUGGUCUUGAUUACGUUGCAACAUUCAAUGAUUCCGCUGGAAUAAACAGUACCAAUAUUAAACAACAAUUAGUCGAUUCAAUGAAUUUCACACAAAACGGCACAUUUCUUGGAGCAGAUCUCCAAAUCAGCGAGAGCGCAGAUCGCACUGUAGUAAAAGGCCUUUUCAGUGUGAAAGAUUAUGACGAAUGCAAUCCACAAAAUAAUAUCCAUGCUCCUGAUUGUGGUAACAACUCGUUAUGUAUGAACACAGACACAAGUUAUGAAUGUGUCUGUCCUUCUGGAUAUGAAAAAAGUAACGGAAGCUGUCUUGAUGUUGACGAAUGCGCACUUGGGACUCAUAAUUGCCACAGUAAUGCAACGUGCAGUAAUACCACUGGGUCGUUCAAUUGUACCUGUAACGACGGUUAUACAGGAAAUGGUGCUACAUGCGAAGUGGCCAGUGCGGUUGAUAAAGAUGAUGUAAAUAUCGUCAGGAAUUUGACGAUUGCGGUCAUUUUAUGGAGUACAUUGUGUUUUACGAUCGCCAUUAUUCUGGUUCUUAUCGCUGGAUUUAGCAUGUGUUCAGAAAUGUAUGAUGAGAAACGUCAUUCGCAAUUUGAGACAGAAUUGCAAUCAAUGCCAGAUACUGUCACUUCUCCCGUCUACACGACAUAUCCGGCCAUGGAACAUUAUUAUGCAGGCAACGAGUAAACAUACUUUUUGAAAUAAGGCCUAUGAAAAUGUAUUGCGAUUUUAUGCACAUCAUAAACAUUUGUCCCUAAAUUUAAUUAUCUAUAUGCACUCACAUAAAGUACAUACUUAGAUUAUUGAUUUCACGUAAUAUUACUACUUUUAUACAGUAUGUAUUUUUUAUUCACUUCCGUGUAUACAUAGAUGUUAAUGUUUAAUCAAAAUUAGGAAUAAAUAAA